AUGGUCGACAUCGUCCCCCUCUCCAGCUACCCCUCCUACAUCGACCUCCUCCCCUCAAUCCAAACCUGCAACAUAACCAACCUGCCCGAAAAUUACUUCCUAAAAUACUACCUCUACCACGCCCUGACCUGGCCGCAACUGAGCUUUGUAGCCGUCGUCCGGCCGAAGAAUGGCUACAAGAACGGCGGCGGCGCCAGCGGCAACGGAGCUGGGAUCGCGGGGGAUGUCUCGGGUCAAUACCCCAAGGUCGUUGGAUAUGUCCUUGCGAAAAUGGAGGAGGAUCCUGCGGACGGGAAACCGCAUGGUCAUAUUACUUCUCUGAGUGUUAUGCGCACGCAUAGACGGUUGGGAAUUGCUGAGAGGUUGAUGCGGAUGAGUCAACGCGCAAUGGCCGAGUCCCACCGCGCACACUACGUUUCCCUACACGUGCGUGUUUCGAACAUCGCCGCGCUACGCCUAUACCGUGACACACUGGGCUUCGAGGUGGAGAAGAUUGAGAGCAAGUACUACGCCGACGGCGAGGAUGCGUAUGCGAUGCACCUGAAGCUUGAAAAUAUGUGGAUGGACUGGAAGGCCGUUGAGAAGCGGGACCGGGCGGAGGCGAAGAAGAAUAAGAAGGAGGGUGAGGAUGGUGCCGAUGCGGAGGAGGAGGAUGCUGAUGAGGGCGAGGCGGUUGGGGAUCUGGGGAAGGCGGAGCAGAAUGGGGAGAAGAUGGUUAAUGUUAAGAUUGGGAGGGCGCUUGGUGUUGGUGAUUUGGUGGAGAAGAGUGAUGUUCAGUCAUAA